AUGUCUUCAACAUCGCCAGCAAUUAUUGUCGGUCUUGGUGGUGUAACAAAUGGUGGUAAAACAACAAUGUGCAAAUCACUUGAACACUUAUUUUCUUCGACUAAAUCUAAUUUUCGUGUAAAAUCAAUGCAUCUUGAUAAUUAUUUUCGUCCAAAUGAUGAUCCACAUCAUAUACAUUUAGAUGAAUUUCAUCAUCAUGAUUGGGAUUGUUUAGAAGCGCUUGAUACAGAAAAAUUUGUUCAUGAUAUUGAAUUAAAUCGUUAUCAAUGUGAUUUAUUACUUAUUGAAGGUUUUCUUAUUUUUAAUAUAUCAAAUGCAAAAGAAUUGUAUGAUUUAAUUUAUUAUUUUGAUUUACCUUAUGAAGAAUGUCAACGAAGACGAUCAUCAAGAAAUUAUGAUCCACCUGAUCCUAAGAAUUAUUUUGAAAAACAUGUUUGGCAAGUUCAUCUUAAAACAAAACAAGAAGUAUUGGAAUAUUUUAAUAAGAAAAAAUUAGUUAUUGUUAAUACAAAGGAAGAAUCAUUUGAUAAAAUUCAAGAAAGAAUUGUAAAUGAUAUUGAAAUAAUUUUAAAAGAAAAACAAAUCCAAUGA